UGUUAGCUCUGCUGCCCCGUGUGUCCCUCUGUGUCCCGGACCUGUCUCCGCAUCACUCCAAGGCACAGCACUGCGAGACGACCCGGCCCCGCCCGCUCAGCAUCCCGGAGAACCACCGCCGGAGGAGACCGCUGGCAAGUCAGAGGCAAAGACACAAGUAACUUCCGGUUCACCUCGCAAAGUAAAAGCCUCAGCGUCGCUCAGGGGAAGUGGUAUAAUUUAAGACAAGGAAAACAGAGGGUUUGGACUUGUAUGUUUAUUGAAUGAUGAAGAGUUAAUUUCAUCAAUUUCUUCAAUUUAAGUUAAGAAAGCAAAAAAGUGCACCACAAACAAUAAACUAGGCCUGGAACGUUAUUGAUGAAAUCUGAAUUCUGUUGAUUUCCGUUCGAAGGCUGAUAAACAUGGUGAACUUGACGUAAAUGGUUCGUCUUCACGCAAAAGGUACAGGAGGAGGGACGUUUGGUCCAUCCAUCACAUGCUGCUUCUCCCAACAUUUAGCUAGAUAUUUGUUAACAUUAGAGAAAACAGAAAGGUUUGGACUAAACACUAUAAAAAGAAGGAGGAUAAAUAUUAUUAAAAUUGUUAAUAUAGAUGUUAGAUUGAUAUUAACAAGAUGGAUUGGUUUAAAAAGAAAAAAUCAAGUAGGAUAAUGUUGUAACUCACUAAUGGCGUUACAUUUAAUAUAUUCGAUUCUGUUAUGGGAGUAAAACAAUAAUGAUUUUAUAUUCCAUGUUAAAUACAGCCUAUCAAAGCCAUUCAAUUAUUGCUUCUGAUUCAUGCAAAUUGUCUUUGUGACUAAGUCUGUGUGUUUUUGGCAGACAACAAACAGUACAUGAAUAAUGCCAACACACUUACCCCGAGGGCCUGUUUCACAUUGGACUACAAUUUCGAGAAGACAUAUGAAAGACAAGCACAUUAUCUUUUCUCAGAGGUUUUUAUAAUGGAGGUGGGGAUCUUGUUUUUAGAAGCAACAAUAAUUCUUAAGCUUCAAAACAUGGUGUUUUCCUGUUGUGUAACUGCAUCUUGACUAUAUUGUCUGCUAGCGACUGCAGGUUAAACAUUAACUGAGAGAGAGUUCAGGAUCAAAGUAUUAAGGAGGUCAUUGGGGGGGUGAACCCAUGAAUAGAUUAAUAAUUUAUAAAGAUGUGAUCAAAAAAAGAAUGCGAUGCAAGCGCACCCAUUGUCCCUGUUUCAAUCUGACUGAAGGGAAUUAGUGAAACAUAAAGAGAGGGAACAUGCAUUCAGCUCCUCUGACUGUCUGUCUCAUUGUUGUGUUGACAUGUGAUGCAAUGCAUGCAUGACCCCUCCGCUCUCUCCUGUUAUAUCCCCCCCCCCAUUAGAACCUUGGAUAACCCUUUAACUGUCCCAAGUGAGUUGAACACACUCCAUCUUAAUUUUGCUCUUGGCUGUAAAAAGGUAAUAUAAAACUGCAAUUGUACUCUCCCUUUCCCCUGUCAAACAAUAUCCAAAUAAUUUCUAAGUAUUUCAUACAACACUGUUAAUGGUAUUAUGUGGAAAGAAGUGUGUCAGGACCUUUAUCACUUGUAUCGUUAUGUGAUUGCUCAACCAGACCAGCACAUUACACAGUCAGGCUAACCACUGACCCCCCUCCCAUGAAAAGAAGGAAGUUAAAUAGCAGUAAAAGAAACAGUAAAGAGUCUUGUACGUCCCUCUCUUCCACUCACUUAUGGUUAUUUCUUUGCAUGUGGUUCAGCUUUACUCUGUUUUGCAGCAACUCGGUCCUUGCCCGGUCAAAAGCCUCUUAUGGACUGACAGAUCAAUCCCCAUAUUGGGUUUCUAAGAUAAGAGCUUCAAUCAGAAAUGAUGGUGGAGCGGUGAGAGUUUCGUACUUUGGACCCACUUCACUUCUUGCUCUUCUUCUUCGCCACAGGCUGCAGCGUCUCUCGGGUAGUUUUCCUUCUCUCUUAGAAAACAUGAAAGUUGAUUUUGCCCCCCUGGACGUGCCCCUCCAGAGGAGACUGCAGACGGCCACGGUGCUGCAGUGGGUCUACUCUUUUCUUGGCUUGGCACCCACCUGCAUCGUCCUGUUCGUCUACCUGCUCUUCACUCGCUACUGGCUGAUCAGUGUGCUGUACGCCACCUGGUGGUACUUUGAUUAUGACACCCCAUCACAAGGAGGCCGCAGGUUGCCUUAUAUAUGUGGCCUCAAAGUUUGGGGAUACAUGCGGGAUUACUUCCCCGUCAAGCUGGUGAAGACAGCUGACUUGGAUCCCAGGCACAACUACGUCUUCGGCUUCCAUCCCCAUGGUGUGCUGGUGGCAGGAGCCUUCACUAACUUCUGCACCUACGCCACAGGAUUCAGGCAGCUGUUCCCUGGCAUCACCAGCUACAUGCUCAUGUUGCCCCUUUGGUUCAGAGCCCCGUUCUUCAGAGACUACAUCAUGUUUGCAGGUUUGAUUCCAUCUGACAAAGAGAGCGCCAGCUAUCCGCUCUCCAGAAAGGGUAGCGGUAACGCUGUUGUAAUAGCGGUCGGUGGGGCCCCAGAGGCCCUCGAUGCUCGCCCUGGGAGCUACAAUGUGAUGCUGGCCAAGAAGAAAGGCUUCAUCAAGAUGGCCAUGGAGCAUGGAGCUCAUCUGGUGCCGGUCUUUUCCUUUGGGGAGAAUGAAGUGUUCGAUCAGGUGGACAACUCAAGAGGAACGUGGCUGCGGUGGACACAGGAACGGCUACAAAGCAUCAUGGGUGUCUCCCUGCCUCUCUUCCAUGCACGUGGCAUUUUCCAGUACUCCUUUGGUCUCAUGCCCUACAGAAAACCCAUCAAUACAAUCGUUGGGCGGCCGAUAAAAGUGGAGAGAAACACAAAGCCACCAGUUGAGGAGCUGGAUGCCCUUCACCAGCUCUACAUGGAUGAACUCAGCAACCUGUUCGAGGAGCACAAAGGCAACUAUGGAGUGGACAAGGACACUCACCUGAACUUUCUCUAAACUAAACUGAGGACAGAGGGGACUUGAAUGCAUAUUUAUUUCUAAAGCUCCAGCGUUGCAUGUUCAGAUGAUUGUCCAUUUUGAUUUUGCUCUCAACUGCCUUGUCGAUUAAAAAUGAGUUGAAUGAAUGGAAAAGCUUUGGUAUGUGCUGUUGUUUUACAGGUUGUUGUGGGAAAAAUUACAAAGAUGCAACUAAUGAUACAAGUCAAGUUUUCCUCACUUCUCCCAGUUGUUUCAUCUCUCUUGAGUUUUGGAUUUUGUGCAAAGUCUAACACUUUCUCAAAUAGAGUCAUAGGUUGAAUUUGGGUUGCAACAUAUUGUGGAGACUCUCAAUGAAACUGUGAUAAUUUCAGUAUUUGGUAUCUUUAUAAGUUCUGAAGGGUGAAUAAAAACAAUAUAUUUACUAAA